UUAGGACUCGUCUCCGCUGGAGAGUGAUUUUUAAGGACUCAAGAUGGGUGCGCUCGAGGAACGUAGAGAUAUCCCACCCUGGCUGAAAGUUCCCGAAGACCUGAAAGACCCAGAGGUGUUCCAGGUCCCGACGCGACUGCUGGAAGCCCUGUUCGGCCCGCGCGGAUGUCGGAUCCCUUACGUCGAGCAGGUGAGCAAGGCCAUGCUCGAGCUGAAGACUCUGGAAUCUUCAGAAUUCACCGAGGUCGYGGUUUAUGGCUCCUACUUGUCGAAGCUCCGGACCAGAUGGAUGCUUCAGUCCUUGGCUGAGUGGCACCGCCAGCGACAGGAGCGAGGAAUGCUCAAACUUGAGGAAGCCAUGAAUGCUCUGGAACUAAGCCCUUGGAUGAAGUGAAGCCAGUUUCCAGCCCAUG